UGAGUUUCAAUUUACUUCCGGGAUUAUUAUUUUCUAAAUCCCAAAUAGCUACACUUAGAUUACCGUGUCGUGCGUUUCUGUGAAACGGUGUUUGGUCCCCAGCAAACCUAGACUAGAUCUAGAUUGGAGAUCAAAACGAAAUUCCUUGCUUUGCUUGGACACUUAGAUUACUGAUUUAGUUUAGACUAGAUCUAGACAUUGACAUAGUCACAUUAAUCUUAAAAAAUCUGUAAGUGCAUAAGAGUUCAAAAUGACGGAUAAUUUAGACAGCAUUGAUUUUUGGAAGAACAAAUGCAAAGAGUUGGAGAAGGUUAUCAAGACAUUAUCCAAUCAUUGUUUGAAAGUGGUAGAAAAGCAUGAGGAACUUUUAGUAAACUACAAGAAAAAUCAGGAUCAGUACAGUAUUUUGCUACAGAGAUUGAAGGAAAAGGGAGAUCAAAUUAAAAAAGCAAAAGAAGUGUUGGGUCCUGUGACACAAGAAUAUGAAGCUUUGAAAGAGAAGUAUGAGAUUGCUGUGAGAUGUCAAUAUGAAGCUGAGAACUUUGCAUCUAAAGUUAACAACAAAAACAAAAUUCUCAAACGUCAGAGCCAGAUGCUGCUGGACAAACUGACCAAUGUCAAUAUUGUGGACAUUAACAUAGAUGAUGAGAAUGAUAAAGACAAUGAAGAGGAAAAUGAGUAUAUAAAAAAGUUGAAUCAACAAGUUGAAGAACUAGAAGAGCAAAGCAGCUCUCUGGGUGCAGAACUAAAGACCUUGAAAGAGGAUUAUGAACUAGAAAAAGGUUUUAACCAGAAGUUAAAAGAAAAAGUGGAAAGCUUAAAAGCCAAAGUUUCACAGCUGAAGAAAGCUAACACUUCUCAAGAAGAGACAUUAGGACUUCUGGCCAAGACAUCGGAAAAAGCUUUCUUAGAGUAUCAAGAAUUAAGGAAACAAUUUGAAAAUGAGAUUACUGAUCGAACAGCUGUGGAAAAAAUUGCUCAUAAUCUUUAUGCCGAAAGAGAAGCUGCUAGGCGUCAAAGUGCUAUGUUGAUGAAAGACAUUGGGGCAGAUAAAAAACUAAUGGAAGCACUUAUCCAAAAUGAAGACUUGACAACCAAAUUGGAAACAACUAAAAAAGACUUGGAGUACAAGAUACAAAUUCUAGAAGAACAACUUGCUGCUGAAAAUAAUUCUUCUGCGGCUCAAAUGUUAGAAAAUGAAAAUUCUUCACUUGCUCAAGAAAGAGAUGCUCUACUACAGAGGCUUUCAGAGUCAGAAAAAAAUUCUGAGCAGCUGAGAGCACAGUAUUCAUUACUGAUGAAGAAAUAUGAAGAGCUGGAAAGCAAAUAUGAACGUGCUGUUGCUCCCCCUCCUCCACCACCACCUCCACCUCCACAGAUGAGUAAACCUGGCAGUUUCUUGUCCAGAAUUACUGGUGGUGGACGUAAAAAACAAAGAGAAAUAGCCCAAAAACGAUUACAAUUAGGUGGUGCAGCUGUGAAUGUGGACUACUCCAAAGCUGUGGAUGAGAUGAUGAAACGUAUCCAGUCAGGAAACAUAAGUCUUAGACCAGUCCUUAAGAAGAGAACUCAAUCUUGUCCAGAAGAAGAGGAAACAAGUGCCAUGAGCGAACUUCAAAGCAUUCUGGGUAAAAUGAAAAAGGCUCGGAGUGAAGAUGAUUUAAUUGGUUUAGAUGAACCCACAUUUGAUGAAGACUCUGAGCUGGGUCGAACAUUUAAACGAAUACAAGCCAGGCAGGGUCCAGAUGUGAAACCAAAGCCUCUUCCCCGAAAACUUUCCACAAUCAAAGAUGAGCCAGAUGAUAUUUCUGCAGAUUGAGCAGCAGAUGAGAAAGUUUCAAAUGCAAUGUGGCAUUAUAAAAAAUGUUAUCACAACUUAUAUCCAGGAUAACAAUAUUUUCAGAUCCAAUUUGGCAUUAUAAAAAAUUUUAUCAUCUUUUUCUUAGUUUCCUCUUUAGUUUGGUUUAUAUUUUCAGCUCAACUAACGAUGGAUUAUGGUGUAAAAAACUAAAUUAGAUAUCAAACUAAUAUUUCAUACAAAUAUUUCUCUUGAGUUUAAAAAAAAAUGUAUUAGUUCUUCAACAUUAGCCGCCAAAUUCAUUGUUGAUUAUUUUACAGAAAUAUAUGCUUAGUUGAUUUUUGUUAGUAAGCUUGGGGGGGGGGGUGCAUAAUUAAAAAAAUCUUUUAUCAACAUUUAUGGUUCCUUUUUGUUUCCAAUGGUACAGAGUAGGCCUGCAUUGAUAGCAACUAUCCCAACUAGAAAUGCAUGGGGACAAAGAAAAAGUUUUCUAAGAAAGAUUCACAUUUUUUGUUUGAUCAAAACAAGUGCCUUGUAUACUUUCCAAAGAUCAUAUUUAAUUGUUUCAGGUUUGGCAUCCAAUUGACUUUUGGUUUAGGUUUUUUUUUGAAUUGAUGCUUCUACAUUUUCUCUCUUUCCUCUGGAAAAAAUUGUUUGUUCUUCAUCUAGCAGACUGAAUUAUUAACCUUAUAUGGCUACACUCCACUUCCAGGAUACAUAGGCCUACAAAUGGUAGUAAUAACAUGUGGAAAAGAGCAUUUCUUUAUUAAUUUUCACAUUGUUAUCAUUGUAACUAACAGUAAAUUUUAAAACUAUUAUUUAAAAAAAAAAGUAAAAAUAACUUACACAUAUUACGCAAAAAUUACUUUCAUAGUCAAUAAAAUUGUAUUUUGUCUGUUA